AUGACGACCACCGUUUCCCACGACGGUCUUAAUCGUGGUUUUCAAGCAGGAGUGAUAAAUGGCAAUAUUGGGAGCAUAACGAUCGGAAGCGGCCUAGGUCAAACGGUGUCAUUAGACCAAGAAUGUUUACAGGCUCUACGAACGACUGAUCCUUAUCACGACAAAGAGCGUAUCAAGGAUACCAAGGGUGGGCUACUAGAAGACUGUUAUCGAUGGAUCUUUGAUCAUCAGGAAUUCAAACAAUGGCAAAAUACAACUAGCCACAACAAUCGUCUCCUCUGGAUCAGGGGUGAUCCUGGUAAAGGCAAGACGAUGCUCCUAUGCGGCGUCAUCGAAGAAUUGACAAGACUAUAUGGGGAUGAUGUAUGCGUGAGCAUCUCGUUCUUUUUCUGUCAGGCUACCGAUCCGCGGAUCAACAGCGCCACAUCUGUGCUAAGGGGCUUGAUAUAUUUACUUAUCAAGAAGAAUCCUUCUCUCCUCCACUAUAUACGUGCUCAGUACGACCAUGCUGGGAAGACUCUCUUUGAGGAUGUUAAUGCAUGGAAUGCACUCUCAACCAUCUUCCGGGACAUUCUAAAAGGCAUGCGCGCGAACUUCCAAAUGACCUAUUUGGUAAUCGAUGCUCUAGAUGAGUGUGUUAAUGGGCUUCAUUCCCUUCUAGACUUGAUUGUCCAGGAGUCAUCGGCUCAUAUGCAUAUAAAGUGGGUUAUUUCUAGCCGUAACUGGCCUGAAAUCACCGAGAAACUUGGAAUUGCUACCCAGCUAGCCCCUAUCUCAUUAGAGCAGAAUGAGGUUUAUGUGUCUGAAGCAGUGGACAAAUUUGUCCAUCAUAAAGUCCAAAAAUUAGCGAAAGCUAAAAGGUACAGCAAUAAGACUCGUGAUGCUGUUGAACACUCUCUCUUAUCAAACUCACAAGGUACCUUCCUCUGGGUAGCCUUAGUUUAUCAGAGUCUGACAAAUGCAUAUACACGAACAAAUGUGCUGAAAAAGCUAGAGUUCUUUCCUCCUGGGUUAGAUGCUCUAUAUGGACGAAUGAUUGAGCAAGUUCGCGAUUCAGCAGAUGUUGAGAUCUGUAAGGAGAUACUGGCAGUUAUGUUAACAGUCUUUCGGCCUAUCACUCUCAGUGAACUUGCUUCACUUAUCAAACUUCCUAAUGAUGAUGACGAUGAUGACGACGAUGAUGACGAUGAUGAUGAAGAUGAUGAUGAUAAUAUACUACUUAAGGAUAUCAUCACAGUCUGUGGAUCGUUCUUGACGAUGCAAAAAGAUACUAUCACUUUCAUCCAUCAGUCUGCGAAGGACUUCCUCCUUCAAAACAUUGAAGCUCGAAAUGAGAUACUUCCUAGUGGUGUAGGAGCUCAACACCAUAUGAAUUUCUCACGAUGCCUUGAAGUGAUGUUUAAGACACUUCGACGUGAUAUCUUCAAUAUCAAAUUACCUGGACCCGUGAAGGAUAUCUGCAAACCUAGCCCAGAUCCACUAGCAGCAGCAGAAUACGCAUGUGUCUACUGGGUAGACCAUCUUCAAUAUAGCGAGCGGACCAAGUUCUAUGACCUUAGCAUUGAUAAGGGGGGCUAUGUGGACCUUUUUCUACAACAGAAAUUCCUUUUCUGGCUUGAGGCCCUUAGUAUUCUAGGGAGUGUCUCGAAAGGUGUGCAAGCUAUGCAAAUGCUUAAGUUAUUACUUCAGAAGGAGAGAGCAGAUUGGGUAUUAAAUAGUCCAAUGGUAGAUGAAGAUUGGAGCCCCUGUCUUUAUACCCUUGAGGGGCAUAAUGGCUCCGUCAAUUUAAUUGCCUGGUCGCCAAACGGAAGCCGACUUGCAUCAGGGUCUUACGAUAACACAAUUCAGGUCUGGGAUCCAGCCACCGGACAGAGUCUUUCCACUCUUCAAGGGCAUUCCAAAUCAGUUAGCUCAAUUAUGUGGUCACCAGAUGGAAGCCAACUUGCGUCAGGGUCCUAUGAUAAAAGCGUCCACAUCUGGGAUCCAACUACCGGCCAGAUUGUGUCUACUCUUAAGGGUCAUAGCGACUGGAUAAAUAUAAUCGCUUGGUCACCAGAAGGAAGCCGACUUGCAUCAGGAUCCGAUGAUAAAACAAUCAAGAUAUGGGAUCCAGCCACUGGCCAGAGUAUAUCCACUCUGAAGGGGUACUAUGGUUCAGUCUUCUUGAUUGAAUGGUCGAAAGAUGGAAAUCGACUUGCAUCAGUAUCCUCUGAUGAUAAUACAAUCCAGAUCUGGGAUAUAGCCACAAGCCAGAGUGUUUCUACUCUUCAAGGGCAUUCCAAUUCAGUUAGCUCAAUUACGUGGUCACCAGAUGGAAGCCAACUUGCGUCAGGGUCCUAUGAUGAAAGCGUCCAGAUCUGGGAUCCAACCACCGGCCAGAUCGUGUCUACUCUUAAGGGCCAUAGCGACCAGGUAAAUGUAAUCGCUUGGUCACCAGAGGGAAGACGACUUGCAUCGGGAUCCUCUGAUUACACAAUCCAGAUAUGGGAUCUAGCCAUUGGCCAAAGUAUAUCCACUCUAAAGGGGUACUAUGGUUCAGUCUAUUUGAUUGAAUGGUCGAAAGAUGGAAAUCGACUUGCAUCAGCAUCCUCCGAUAACAAGACAAUCCAGAUCUGGGAUAUAACCAUAAGCCAAGUGGUGUCUAUCCUUGUGGGGCAUAGAUAUUCGGUUACAUCAAUCAUCUGGUCACCAGAUGGAAGCCAACUUGCAUCAGCUUCCGAAGAUCGAACGGUUAGGAUCUGGGAUCCUAUCACCAACCAGAGUGUAUCUACUCCUGAGGGGCAUGUUAUUAAUGCCAACUCAAUCGCUUGGUCUCCAGAUGGAAGUAGACUUACAUUAAGGUCUUGGGAUGAUGGUAUAGUCCAGAUCUGGGAUCCAGCCACAAGCCAGAUCAUAUCUACUCUUGAGGGAUAUUUUGGCCCAACCUGUAUCAUAACAUGGUCGCCAGAUGGAAGCCGAAUUGCAUCAGGAUCGGCUAGUGGUAUAGUCCAGAUCUGGGAUCCAGCCACUGGUCAAACUGUAUCUACUCUUCAGGGGUAUGAUGAUCUAGUCGACUUGAUUAACUGGUCACCAGAUGGAAGCCGAAUUGCAUCAGGAUCAACUAGUGGUAUAGUCCAGAUCUGGGAUCCAGCCACUGGCCAAAUUAUAUCUACUCUUGAGGGGUAUAGUGGCCCAACCCACUUGAUUAUCUGGUCUCCAGAUGCAGGCCGCCUUGCAUCAGGAUCCGAUGAUGAAACAAUCAAGAUAUGGGAUCCAGCCACCGGCCAGAGCAUCUCCACUCUCAAGGGGCAAUGCGGUUUGGACUGUUCGGUCUACUUGAUUGCCUGGUCGAAAGGUGGAAAUCGACUUGCAUCAGCGUCCUUUAAUGAUGUAAUCCAGAUCUGGGAUACAGCCACAAGCCAAGUGGUGUCUACUUUCUCUGCAGGCUUUACAAGCUUCCUGGCAUUUGAUGACGCUGAUUCGAAUUGCCUCCAUACUGAUACUGGUAUAUUUGAUACAAGUUCAAUGGCUCCUAUGACCCCUUCGCCCGCUAGCCUCAUCCAACACCCCCAGCGACGUGAAUACGGAAUAAGUGAUGACCUUUGUUGGAUAACCUAUAAUGGACUCAAGCUCUUAUGGUUGCCCUUGGAAUACCGCCCUCUUGAUAUCUCUGAUCAUCUUGCUAUCCAUGGAACUACAAUGGCAAUUGUCGGUUCAGAAAAUCGCGUCAUAUUUCUCACGCUUUCAAAAGAAUGUCCUGUUGAUAUAUAG